UCCCGUAACGUAGCGGGCGUAAUUUUACCGACACGGAUUCUGCGCGGGAUACCAAUAGGCCAGAGCGAGACUUGUGGCCAUACUAUCUCUUUCUCUAGUCAUGGCGUCGGCGGAGCAGCCUCCGAAGAAGCGGAGGCUAUACGAGCCUCUAGAAGAACCCCCUCAUCCACCACCUUCAGAACCACCGCCACCACAAAAAUUAGACCAGGAUCAGAGCUCCGUAGCUCCACCGCCGACACCACCGCCACUAUCUCAGGAUGAAAUUCUUCUCAGACGGAGGAACAGAGACGAGAUUCGAAGCGUUUACGAUUGUUAUAAGCGAAUUAGGUUUUUUCUUUCUCAGAAAGACGAUGCUUCCAUGCCUGACAUCGAACAGGCUUAUCUAUCGCUCCUUUCCGCUUCCAGAGGUUGUGCAAGUGUACAACGGAUAGUGGCUGAUCUCAUUCCUCGGUAUGCAUCACAUUGUCCUACUGCUCUUGAAGCUGCAGCAAAAGUUGUUAUCAACAUGCAUAACUGGAGUUUGGCAGUGAUAAAUAGAGGAGACGAUGCCGAUGAGGUUGCAUUUCAGACUGCUAAAGCCUGUAUUUUUGGUCUAGUUGACAUCUGUUGCACUGCUUCUUCAGAGGCCCCAACAUCAUCUGUCAUCCGAGGCAUUUGCUCUGCAGUUUUUCAGAAUGUGCUUACCUUCUUCACGUCCUCAUUUGAGGAAAAGGAUAUCUUUCAGAUUGUUGAUAAAGAAAAUUUGAAGAUGCAAGAUUCUGCUGACAUCUUCGCUGAGCUAAAGCAAAAGCUUUCAGAUGAAGAUGCAUCUUCUUUAGUUAAAUUAUCCAAGUUCCGUGCACUAAGCUUACUUCGAAUUUUCUUUUGUUGUCCUAAAAACUUGCUUGCAGCCUCUUUUGAGCUCCUCAACUCCAGUGUGGUGGAGGGAGUCAAUAAAGAGAGCGAGUAUUUUCUUAGGCAGGUGACAAGCAAGCUUGUCCAUGAUGUGGCUCCUGUUUCGGAUAAAACCAGUGACAGACCUGAAUCACGUACAGGUUCUGUUGAAAGAGCCAUGAAAGGCAGUGAGGAGCUAAUAUCGGAUGGCAACCAUUUUUCAGGAGAUGCAUCGCCUGUUCCAGAGAGUUGCUUAUUGGCUUUGGUUCUUGGAAAAGACCGAUCAUUGCAGAGAUGGAUUUUCUCAAAGUUCAAGAAAUUAAAUAACUCGUCAUUUUCUACUACUGUUUCUGAUAUUUUGUCAGCUUUGGAAGGAAUCAUUCAAUCGUUUAAAGAAAUAAUUUCUGUAGAAGGCAGACUGGUAGAUAGUGAUGAGGAUGAUCCUGAUUCAUCUAAGUAUAUUAAUCAGAGAUAUUCGGUGCAUAGGAUCUCUAAUCUACAUGAACACUCCGAUGAUCCAUCUGGAAAGAAAGGUUCUGCUCAUGAUAUUGGAGGCUCGAGGCCCAUGGAUUUCGAAUCUUGUGAGAAUAGUGACGUGUCGCGUGGCCGGUCUUCCGGGGAAUUAUUUUCACCCGCUAGAAGAACUCCAUUAGACUUCAGGAGUAAUUCAUUUGAAGGUAGAAGUAAUUAUUUUCAUGUUGAGAAGAAUCAAGUUUCAAAUAUGGAUUUCAGUAUAUCCACCAUGAGAUCUUCCUGUGGAGGCAUAAAUAAUGCUUUGACUUCUCCUCAACAUCACUUGGGAAUGCCAUGUAAUUCCACAACUCAAAUUGUUUGGCAUUCUGAUGGGGACCCUGCAGCCAUGGAUAUUGUCUCUGCUUCUAAACAGCUCUGGGUGGGUUUUCCAGGACCGGAUACAUCUGAAGCUCAUAUAAGGUUUCAGUUUGAGAGGUUUGGUCCUAUAGAGCAAUUUAUUUUUUUUCCAGUCAAAGGAUUUGCCUUAGUGGAGUACAGAAACAUCAUUGAUGCCAUAAAGGCUCGUGAAUAUAUGCGGCGACAUUUCCCAUGGCGUAUCAAGUUCAUCGAUGUAGGAUUGGGAACUAGGGGUGCAAUGAAUGGCGUUGCGGUUGGUUCAAGUGCUCAUGUUUAUGUUGGAAAUGUUUCAAGCCAAUGGGCCAAGGAUGAGAUUCUGCAUGAAUCAAGGAAAGUGCUUUAUAAGGGUCCCUACACUGUUACUGAGCUUUUUAGUGAAGGUGCAUUACUGAUGGAGUUUGAAUCUCCUGAAGAAGCUGCCUCUGUAAUGGCCCAUCUCAGACAGCAGCGCAAGGAACGAAGUAAUUAUCGGGCACCUCUGAAUGUGGGGCCAUCUAAUGUUGCAGUGCCUCUUAUAGAUGGCGCAAGAUCUGUGCCUACCCAUGUUGAUGCCAGAAACAAUAACCUUGGAACCAUAUCUAGUAACAGUAUUGGGUCACCUCACCCUCGAACCGUACCAGGGAGCCCUGCUGACAGCUGUAGGAUGAGGAUGCCUCACUUGUCAUCCUUACUUUCAUCAUUACGUACAAAAUAUAAUAUCAAUCAGAACUCAAGCUUCUUUGACAAUUAUAUAUCUGGAAACAGCCAUACUGCUAUGACGAGGGAAGAAGAUAAAGUGCCAUCAAAUAUGCUUUGGAUUAGUCUUCCUAAUAUUAGCUCCCCAUUCCUCACAGAUGAUGAGCUAAUGGCCAUUUGUAGUCUGGCUGUCAGCAAUGUUGGGUCUGUAGUCAGGUUGACCCGAGCAAAUAUGCAGAUGGGGUGUGGUUGGUUUGUUGAAUGCAGCAGUGUCGAUGCUGCAAUCACAAUUUUAAAGAAUCUCCGUGGUUCUCCUGGAUUGUUCUUUCAGAUAGAAUUCAGUCAACCAGGAAAGCAGCAUCCUGCACCUUUCUCAAUGAAAAAUGAAAGCAGCUCUAUGGAGCAUGUAUCCCCCAGAAUGAAACUCGAUAAUCAUGCAAAUACAUUACAUUGCGGGUAUUCAUUUCAGUCAAACUGGGCAGUUUCUGGAGAGAUGCCUGAAGUUGGGGUGAGAAAAGUUGAUGGUUAUGAUAGCAGUGCAGGGCUAGAUCCUUCACAACGAGGUGGUCAUGGUGUUUCUGGUUCUGCCGAACAAAUGUGGAUGUAUAAGAAACCUGAAAUUGAGCUACAUUCUGCCCCAGUGAACAUUCCUUGCAUGCCCUUCGCAGCACAGGGACCACCUAUUCCCUCACCACAGCAAAUUCAGUCAUCAUCGUAUAUGCGACCGGUUUACCUGCCUCCAAACAGUUCCUGGGAUGCACGGGGUUUAAAUCAUCAGAUGCCUUUGAACCCUGUCUCGCCAGGUGUAAUGACUAAUAGUUUUCAUGGUAAUGCUGUUGCAGCUCCUUUUAUACCUGCUUCUGUGACACCAUUAGCACAGAUACAAGGAGCUCCAAUGCACCAUUUUGACCAAAUGUUUUCCUUGCCUGUUGCACCGCCACCUUUAUCGUCCCUGCCGCCACCUCAGCCUGAAAUGCCACCUCCAUUGCCUCCAUCUCCACCUCCUUUGCCUCAGUCAAAGCCACCUUCAGUCCCUCCUCCCCCCAGUUCUCCCCCUCCACCUCCUCCUAUUGUAGAACCAUCCAAGACAGAAAGUUCUGUACAGCAUCCUGAAUAUCAGUGGCAAGGUACAUUAUGUAAAAGUGGGGUUCAUUACUGCACAGUUUAUGCACAUAGACUGGACUCUGAUAUUUGCAAAUAUUCAAACGCUCUUUCGGAGCCUUCUGAAUGGCCUGCUAAAUUAGAUAUGACCAAACGCACGGAUUUCCGGCAUGUUAGAUCAACAUUUACGAGUGCCCCACCACAUAAAAGGGAGGUAUGUCAGCUGAUCCCAUCGUCUGCAGGUGACCGUAAAGGCUUUCAGGAUUUCAUAUCAUACUUGAAGCAGAGGGACUGUGCAGGAGUAAUCAAGAUCCCAGCAGUGAAUUCCAUUUGGGCAAGGCUUUUGUUCAUACUUCCCUACUCGCAUGAUGCAUGUUCCAUGCUCUCCAUUGCACCUAAAUCAUCUGAUUGCCUCAUUGCUUUGGUUUUGCCCAAGGAAACAAACUUAGAAUGGGCCCGAGAGUGUGAUGAGAAAUUGGCAUCCAGUGUAUUUUUUCUCAACAAAAUAGAUAAAUUAUUUCGGCGACCACCCACAAACCCAUCCGCUUUGCCGUACUCUGCAAUCUGCACUUCAGGCUCCGACUUCCCCACAUUUCAAGGCGCCCACGCACCCGCACCCCCCCCCCCCUCUCUCCCUCCUGAAAUCAAUCGUGCAAACAUGGCGAGUCGAUACGGUAACAACAGGCAUGAGGUAAACAAGGAGAGUUCCGCUAGAAAGCAAAAUAAAUUCGUGCCCAAAAACCGUAACUCAACUCCAAAAGAAGCGAACCCCAAUUCCAUUCCCACACUCUCUACUUCUCUCAGACAGUCGCUUUCCAAACAAUCGGAUGCCGCCACAACCAGCUCUGGUCCGCCUGCGUUGACAAUGAGUAGGGUUCGAAUGGGGGAGAACGGAGAUUUUGUGUCUAGCACAACUCCUGGCGGCAAUUUCGUAAAUUACUUGCCCCAAGACGAGGCGGUGGCGGCUGGGCUCGGCGCUGAAGAAGGUGGAUUGGAUCCCGUGGAGUCUCAGAGAGUUGUGGAUCUUUUGAACCGAGAGUUGUCGCGUUUGCUCAAGUUGAACGCCAGGAACUUCUGGACAGAAGUGGCGAUGGACACUUCCUUGCUCGAAUUUCUUGAUAGCUUCCUACAGUUUAGGAGCAGAUGGUACGAUUUCCCUCACCAUGGAGCCAAGGGAAUAGUUGCAGGGGUUAUUGUUGGAGAGCUUGAGUUAAGCCGCCGCGUCUUUAUGGUAUUGUAUCGCAUAUCUUCUAAUCGAGAACCUGGCGCUCGGGCCGCUGAUAGUCUUAGUACGAAAGAUUAUGGAGUUAUUUUGCAGGACAAGAAGUUGCUGGAGUUGCCUAAGUUGUUAGAUAUAUGUGCCAUAUACGGUCAUGAAAACAAAGAUUUGACCAGAACACUGGUUGCAAAUGUUUUCAAAGCCCAGCCUAGGAUCCACUAUAACUUAACUGCUGUAAUAUCACAUUUCCUGAGCAUUGUCCACACAAUGGAUCAACGCUGCAGCUCAUCUUUACAGGCCCUACUUUCCACUGGAAGUCGUGAAGACCAUGGAUCCAGUCGACUUCAUUCUGAUUAUUUAGAGGUUAUGGACUUUAUAAAUGAUUCAAUUGUAUCCAUGGAUGCUUUUGUAACUGCAUACAAACCGGCAGCUGUAUACUUCUCUUGCCCUGUUGAGUUAAGUUCUGGGAAUGAGGAAUUGCUCAAUACCCUUGCAAGAUUGCAUGAUUCAUUGCUACCAUCUCUACAACAGGGGUUGAGGAUCAUCCUUCAAGCAGAAGACGGAAUGAUAUCUGAUGUUGCUAUAAGCUUGAAGAUGUUGUCAAUGAGAAUAGUUAAGUUUGGAUGGAAUUUAUUGGAAAUUUGCCAUCUAAGUAAUGAAGUGUUUGAUGAUAGCUUCCCUGUUCCACCAGCCCCAAAGAUGUUUCCAGCAAAUGUAGAGGAUCCCAUCAUUAGGGCAGAUAUUUUAGUUCAAACUUUUAGGGAGAUCAAUGGAGUUUCCCAACAAUUUCAGGAGAAUGAGAACAGGGAAACGUUCCUUCAAAGUGUUGAGAAGGUUUACAAUGUAAUGAGCAGACUUGAGAGUUUGCGGAACACUGGAUGGAUAUACAUAGAUGAUGAACAGUUCCAAUAUCUAUCCGGUAUAAUGAUGCAUCAACCCAAAGCAACUAUUAAGGGACCAAACUAUACAAAAUCCCCUUUGGCAAGCAACAAAGUGCAGAUGGAUGAGGAUGCUGCGAUAAUGGAGUCCAAAAUCAGUCAGAUAAAGGAUCUCUUCCCCGACUUUGGUAAAGGGUUUCUUGCUGCCUGUCUUGAAGCCUAUAACCAGAAUCCAGAAGAGGUGAUUCAGAGAAUUCUGGAGGGAACUCUUCAUGAAGACCUGCUGUCCUUUGACACUUCACUAGAUACAAUUCCAAUGCCCAAGUCUGCUUUAUCUGUGAGCUCAAAUGAUAAAGGAAAAGGGAAACUUGUGGAACCUGCAUCACCAAAAGGGAAAACUGAAUCUACAAAUCCACCAUCUACCACUUCAGUGUCUGUGAUUAGGGAGCAACCACUUGAGGGCCCCUCAUUUUCAUCCUCAUCCUCUCUUGGGAGAUAUGUAAGGAAGCCCCAAGGUGACUUGCCUGAUUCCAAUAUCCUGGAUAUCCGAAAUGAAAAGGAUUCUGUGAUUUCUGGCGCUAUAAUUUCACAGUAUGAGUAUGAAGAUGAGUACGAUGACUCUUUUGAUGAUUUGGGGUUGAGUGUUGGGGAAACAGGAAUGGAGGAAACUGAGAUGAUGGGUGAUAAAAUGAGCUCGAAUCUGGGGAAAUCUUGGGGGACAGAGUCUGGAAGCUCGGUUCAAAAUCCUUCUGGUUCAAAAUGGGGCUCCAGAAAGAAGCCCCAAUUCUAUGUCAGGGAUGGGAAGAACUACAGUUAUAAAGUUGCAGGUUCGGUUGCAGUUGCAAAUAGUGGUGAAGCAGCAUUAGUGUCUCAGGCUCAAGAAGAAUUAAUUUAUGGCCUUGGACGUGGUGGCAACCUUCCUCUUGGUGCGGUGAAGAAGCUGAUAGAGUCAUCUGAGGAACAAGAUGAACAGUUUGAUGUUUCUCAGUCAGAAGGCAGAGGAAAUGUUGGGAACCCGAGGGGCAGGGGAAGAAGGGGAGGGGGAAGGCCAAGAGAGUCAAAUGAGGAACAAAAUAAGCAGUCUGAUGCUUCUGAGGUGGAAGCGAGGGGGAAUUUGGGUAAUCACAGAGGCAGGGGAAGGAGGGGAGGAGGAGGAGGAAGAAGCAAUAAUUACAGGAAGGACCGUGCCAUGAAUAAGCACUUUUCUGGAGUUACUGGCUUUUAGGUUCAUAUAGGUUCUAUAGAUUUACAUUAUACACACUUUUUCUCUAAAUGAUCAAAGAGCUUUAUUUUUGUUUCAGAGCUGCAACUGUACAGUGGUUCGGUUCGUUUUAAAGUUGCCAUAGUUGCAGCCAGCCAGGCAGGGUCUAACCAUUUGGAUCGAUAUUAUAAUAUAUGCUCGUUGAGGUUAUCUUUUGAGAUUCAUUUGAAAUAGAAUUGUGAGUUGUAUUA